CCCAUAAAAUUCAAAAACCACUUCUUGUUUUAAAUCCAGAUAGUGUUCUCGGGUCGGAUCAUAGCUUGAUGACUCACACACAGUCAAAGCCUAGCUUGAUCUCAAUUCUCCAGCGUGGCAGCUCUAACUGUAAUAACAAACAUCCUUAACUAGAUUCUACCAAUGUCAUUGCUUCUUCUCAACUGAGAUCAUAACCUUGGAUGCUAUUCUAAGUUAGACAUGCGAAGAGUAUUUGUCGGAAGAGAUGUUCUUUGGGGCAUUUUAUCAAACAGGUUGAGAGCGUCAUCUCAAUGUAGCACAGCAAGAGCAUUUUGCAAUAAUAUUAAACCAAGUAGCAAUAAUAAAAAUGGGGUUCAACCUAAGAUUAAUGAUGGUGGGGCAAUGAGUCAUUAUGAGGCAUACAAGCAGCUUGACAAUCUCGAUUUCAUGACUGCUGCUAAGAUUGCGUUUUCUGCCCCGAAAAAGAAAUUCGGGCUUGAUUUUCAUCUGGUCCAGCUCUUCUUUGUCUGCUUACCUUCACUUGCUGUAUAUCUUACGGCUCAAUAUGCUCGCUAUGAAAUAAGAAGGAUGGAGGGGGAGUUGGAGGUAAAGAAAAAGGCUGAAGAGGAAGCAAAGGCAAAAGAACUGUUAUUGAAGGCUUCUGAAGAACAAGAAGCAGGAUCUGACCCGGAGCUGCAGGAGGUAAAAGCAAGACUGGGUAAACUGGAAGAAGCUGUAAAGGAAAUUGCGGUAAGAGGGUCGCAAAAACAAUCAGGCAGCAGCACAGAUAAGAAACAAGAUGGAGAGAGAACAAAGCAAGCUGCUGCUGCUGCACCAGAAGCAAGUAACUCUGCACUGGAAGAUCAGACGAAGAAGGAAACACAAAAGGGUUUAGGUCAACAGGAGGGACGUGGCUCAGUGGCAAUCGCCGAUGCAUCCCUACGGAAUCAGAAAGCAACUCCAGAUAAAGAUCCUAAAAAAUAGAUAAGGUAAUCAAGGGUAGACUUCACUUAGAUAAAGUUCAAUUUUUGGAAGCUUCUUUUGCUAAUAUGGAUUUAUACCGCAUGCAAAUGGAUCAAUUCAGCUCUAUUAGAAGAACAAACUCUCAAUAUAAUCAUCAGGUGUUUUGGAUCGUAGAUUAUUUUGCUGCUAUGUAACAGAAGCUUAAAUGGUAAAGCAUCUGUUCAAGUGUUUCCGGAGAUCAUACAUACAUUUAAGCACAUCUUCUUGUGAAGAUUUGACAAGUGCCAGUACUUGUACAGGUCUCAUUACAAAGUCGGUGAGCGAUCAUUGCUGUACAGAAGAAUCUAAUUUCAGCAUAAAGUUAUUAUGUGCUUGUGCUGCUUCAAAUUCAUGUACUCUAUAUAUCGACAUCAAGUCUCUUUUCUGGUUGUAAUGUUUGAUUUUAUUUUUGGGUAAUUUUGAACAUUAUUCCCUUGCUGCAA